AUGUACAAAUAUGUGAUAUCCUUUCCCAUACUGCUCUUUCCAAACUUCGUCACACCAACAAUUCCUUACUCUAUUACUAUGACUUACGCAUUAUUUUUGAACUGGAAAAUUGGAAGUGAAGUUUAUGUUAUGAGCUGUAAAGUUACAAGACUGAAGAUAUACAUAAUUGAUGCGGUACUAUUCAUAGCUCUUUAUGCAUUAAGAUAUUUACCCGACACAACUUACAUACCUACAUUCAAAUCAGUAUCAAUAAUUGUUUUAUCAUUAGAUUGGACAUUUUGAAAUGGAUUUUAUUAGUUUCGAUAACAUAUCUUCUGUUUUAUAAGUUUUAUUCCAUCUAUUAUGCUAAAAACGCUAAGAAAUUGAGUUUGAAAGAGCGCGCUCGUAUCGUUCAUAUCCUGUUAUUCUUAUGUAUUUCAAUUUUCAUCUCCCUAGCAUCAGUCUCUACUGCGUACUCCGAUCAUCUCAAAUCUCCUGAUAAUUUUCAAAUUGUCACACUUGGAUUUCAAGACACUUGCAUUAUGUGUUCCGUGUUCAUUUUGGCAACUUUUGUAGCUCAGGAUAAAGUGGAAACUAUUUGA